ACAUGCUGGGGAUACUAUCGAUAGCUUGCCUUGUGGUGACCAUACAGGCUCUGCCCACUGAUGUAGGCUCCAACAAAUUGUACAACAUUCAUGAAAAGAUCAUAGAAGAAGGAUACCCAGUAGAAACUCAUGAUGUCGUGACAGAAGAUGGUUAUAUCCUGGAAUUAAUCAGGAUACCAUAUGGAAAAAAGGGUAAAGAUGCAAUCGUUAGACCACCAGUGCUUCUUAUGCAUGGUCUAUCAGACUCUGCCGCUGCAUACAUCUCUUUGGGACCAGACAGUCUCGCUUACAAUCUCGUAGAAGAAGGUGCUGACGUAUGGUUGGGUAACGCGAGAGGCGUGGCCAAUUCACGUCGCCACAUCAAACUGAACCCUGACGAUGAAAAGGAAAAGUUUGAAUUCUUCGACUUCACUUUCGAGGAAAUCGGAAUGAUUGACCUACCCGCCAUGAUUGACUAUAUUUUAGAGAAGACAGGAGAGAAACAGGUUCACUACAUCGGACAUUCGCAGGGAGGAACCGUCUUCCUGAUCCUUAACUCUAUGAGGCCAGAAUACAAUGACAAAAUCUCAUCAGCUCAUUUGCUCGCAGGAGUCGGCUAUCAAAAUCACUUCCCUAGCAGUGAAUUAAGAAUAGCAGCUAUAAGUACUGAUUUGCUUUAUUCGCUCGGAGUUUCUCUAGGAUUUGUAGAGGUCCUAGGGCCUAACUGGGGCAAUCAAAUCACUGAACUGCAAACACUCAACGCCUGUGCCUCCACCGAGGACGAUGGAGGAGUCUGUUCAAGAUCAUCACUGGACGAUAUUAUUAAAGAUAUCCUGAACCCCAGCGAGCUCUUGCCCGGAUCGGCGUUGAAGCAGUUCGCGCACUAUGGCCAAAACAUCCGUGAUAAGAAGUUCCGUCGCUGGAGCUACGGUCUCAUCAGAAACCUGUCCAAAUACGGGUCAAUAACCCCCCCAGAAUACGACCUCUCAAAAAUAACCGUAGACAUUACUAUGCAUUACACAGUCAAUGAUAUGCUCCUGGAUGAACAGGACGUUCUGGAGAUGGCUGCUGUUAUCCCUAAUGCUUCAGUUAGAAGAAUCCCGAGAGAAUCCUUCACACACACAGACUUUGUUACCGCUGAUGACGCUAAGGAACUCGUUGUUGAUUACAUUGUUGACCGCUUAUCCACCUUUGUUAAAUAAACAUUUGAUACUGCUA